AUGGCAUCAGCUGCGGACGAGUCGGAUGAAUAUUUACAAGGCGACGACUCUGAUGAUUUUUCGGACGAGGAUGUGCGGGCUAAUAGGUGGCACGGUCCUAAGUCCACAUGGCAGCGGUUCAACCACGAGGAAAUAGAUACGUUAACAGCGCUGAAGGAGAUUCGCGAUAGGGACUUAUCAGUUCAUUUAUACAAUGCAUUUGCGCUUAAGCAAGGGCAUAGGAAAACGCAAGAUGGACCGGUGCCUAAUAAAGAUAUCAAUGAGGCGACCGGACAGCUAGUUCAACCCGACGACUGGCUGCCGCAACAGGCAUGGACGGCUUGGCCUAUGCGCGCGGAUAAAGUCCCACCACCGCAGGACAGCGCCAGGAGUCUAUUAAAUAGUCGGGAUGAGAGAUUCACGUUAAGAAAGGCCGUUCGUGAUAUGCCGAGCACGGCCCUGGAAGAGAUCAUCGGCGCCGAGAUCUUAAAGACUGCUAAAGACAAAUUCAACGCUAGGCCCUGGGUCAAGCCGGAUGUGUCUGAUGAAGAAGUAGAUUCAGAAUUGCAAGAAGAUAUUGACGAUGAGGAUUCGGGUAGAGAGACGGAGGCUUCUACCUCGUCUAGACGUAAGAAGUCCAGGUCUAGGUCUAAGUCUGCUAAGCUCGAGGCCAUAAGUGGAGAUGAAAAGAUGGACGUUGACGAACUCAAACCUGAAAUCGAUCCUCUCAGCAAGUCGGAUAAGAAACUGAGGCUGAGACCGGUAAUCUCGACAGAUGACGACUUAUCCUACAGUCUCUUGCGCCCAUCCGUCCGGCAUAUUCUCACCAAGCUAGACGCGACACUCACUAUUCUCCAUAAUACACAAGAGUCAGCUCUGAAUUACCAGUCCGACUCAGCGGACUCAGAAGCGUCAGACACCUCGCAUCCUAGUAGCCGAAAGCCGCGAUCUAGACAGGGCUCGCAGACCCCAGCUGAUGGAAAAAAGCGGCAAGGCAGGCCACCUGGAUCUUUAUCUCAGAAUCGAUCUCGCAGACGGUCAAAAGUGAGGGAGGUGACAGUACCGCCGGCAGAAGACUCACCUCAGAAUGAGGAAGAAGGAAAACCCACUAGGAAGCCGGGUAGACCGAAGAAAGAAUAUCCUCGCCUCGAGGGCGAGACCGACCGAGAGUAUGCCAUCCGCAUCGCAAGAUUACAGAAAAAACCUAUCCCUAUAUUUUCUGAUGACUCCGACCCAAAGCCCGAUUCUGGCGCAGAAGACCCGGCGGGAGACAGCGGUAACUCCGGCGACGGGGAAGAGACCACCGCCGAGACAGGUCGCGGAAGACGAACACGGCGAAAGAGAAAGACAAACAAGGACAGCCGGUCUCCUUCUCAGGCCUCACCUGCUUCCGGAGGCAAACCCCGUAAUACUCAAAGAUCCGGACACUCAAGGACCCGUCUCGGCCUCCGAGACUGGAGAGAUGUUCUCGGCGCUGCGGCACUAGCCGGUUUCCCAGCAGACGCAGUCGACCGCGCAGCAAGACGCUGCGCCGACCUCUUCGGGCAGAGCAUGACGCUGCAUACCCUCGCCGAGGGCCCAGCCGUCUCGUCAUCUGGCCGGAAAGCUCCCCUGGGAAGGGUAACUACGUAUGUUCCUGGAAUGCCGCAACCGCCCUUGCUAGAAGAAGAAGAGGAGGAGGAAGAAGAGGAGAACCAGCGUACUCGUUCUAUGAGCAUGGCUCGCAGCGCAAUAUCCGAAGACGAAGCCGGCCCGUCUCAGCGCCGCGCACGCAGCCGCUCGCGAUCUCGGUCUCGGUCGCGGUCUGCGUCCGCGGCGCCGGGAUACUUCACGUGUUUAUUCCCGGACUGCCCUCGCGCCGCGGAAGGGGAAGGGUUCCUACGCCGGUAUAACAUGUUGCGGCACAUGAAGCUGGUGCACGGGUACACGCCAUCGGAAGGGGGGAGCGGAGACGAGGCUACGGCUACGGCUACGGCGACGGCGAUGGGGGCGGGGAUGCGGGAGGAGGUGGAUAGUGAGGACGAGAUGCAUGGUGCUGUGCAUGUCGAUUGGUUCUUGCGCCCGGUUAAGAUUCGUCGGGGAUGGAGGGCGAAUGAUGUUAGUGAGGAGUCUAGGACUAGGAGGAGCGGGUAUGGGUAUGCGCGGGGACGGGGGAGGAGUCGGGGGAGAGAUGGGGAGGGGGAGGGGGAGAGGGAGAGAGAGAGGGGUGGUGAGGAUAGAAAUGGGGAUAUGAGGAUAGGUGGGAGGAAUGAUUGA